AUUGGCCAAUAGGAAAUGAGAGUUCAAGGUUAAUUUCGGCAACAGAUUUGGCGGUGCAGUAGUUUGGGGCCGGAACUUUCCUUGUUUUAAAUUACUAUGGGUACCAAUACUAGAAAUAAGAAAAAUAAAGAAGCACAUAUGGAUGGUCUAUCACCAGAGGAGCUUGAAUACUUGAAUAAAAACCAUAUAGAACCUCUUAAAACGAAACGUAGAUGUGGACUUUUAUGCAAUGUUUGUGGAAUGGUCAUGUCUACGGUUGCUGCAGCUAUUCACCAUACCUCUUCGAAUUCUCAUAAUGCGAACCUCAUGACCGCUGAACUAAAAACAACUCUUCUUUAUUUGCCUCCCAUCACGGAUUCCCAUAGAACUGCGUUAGAUUCAGAAUUAAAAUCCGCUUUUCUUUCUGUUGUGGCCGAUACCUGUGAGAUGCAGCGACGACAGAAUUUCGCAAAUGAUCUGAUUGCUGCUAUUGAAGCUCGAAUUCCAAAUAUAAAAGUUCGAGGAACUGGUAGUUCAUGGUUUGGUUUAGCCUUACCAGAUAGUCACUGUUCAUUGGAUGUAAUUUGUCCAAAUGAUUUUGACGAGAAUAAAUUACUGGCAAUGGACCCGACAAUAGAUGAUGCUGGUGAAGAUAAUGACGGUGACGAAGAGGGCGAUGAUAAUGAUGUUCAUGAUGAUGAUGAUGACGACGAUGAUGAUAAUGAUCAGUCUAUUCCACAGCCUGUAUGUGGUCAGUCAACAAAUAACACUGAACAAUCAAUGGGAAUUGGUUAUGUUCUUUCUAAUAUAUUCGAUUUAUUACAACUGAAUGCAUGUGAAUCACCAACUAACACACCACACAUACAAACAAUUUCCGAAAAAGCUACCUCAUUUAACUGUUCUCCUGAUCACAAUACAAAAAUGAAUGAAUUAUCCGACAAACCUAAUUUCCCCAAAUUUCAUACUGUUUUGCGUACAAGUGGUGACUACUUUUAUCUUUCUCUGACGGAUUUCUAUGGUGUACGUUAUCGUAUUAGUACUGGUAAUCCGUAUGGAUAUGAUUUGGCCAAAUUGAUUAAUACUUACCUCAAUUUAAAUGAUCAAGCUCGACAAUUAGCAAUAUUAUUUCGUAAAUUAUCACGGUUGGGUCAUUUAGAUAUGCCGGAAAAUGGUACAUUUGAAGAAACAGUCAUACCUCUGUUAGUUAUAUUCUACUUACAACAUUGUGAACCUCCAUCACUUCCAAAUCUUCAUAUGCUUUACCGCCAACAUCUUCAUGAAAUUCCUGAAAAUUCUUAUCAUCAGGUUUUGCCACCCAAUACUGAUUGUUCGUUUAUUACAGACAUUGAAUUGAUUCGAAAGUUAUGUCCUGAUCAACCAUAUUCAUCUUCGUCUAACAAUUUACCAUGUUUAGCUGAUUUAUGGCUUGGUUUCCUCAGAUUUUAUUUAUUUGAUUUUAAAACUUCUUCUUGUACGAUUAAUAUUGUGGAACCUGAACCAGUGUCGUGUUUUAAUGCUUCUGAAAAGCGUUGUUUUACAGUUACCGAUCCUUUUAACCCUAAACAUAAUCUCUGUAGGAAUUUAACUCAAGUCAGUCGAGAUUAUAUCAAUUCACAGUUAUUAGCGGCCUACGGUUAUUUCGGUGUGCCACGAUUGGCCACUAAUGGUCGACAUUUGUUCACACACAUUUCUGUUGUUGAAAAAUCCCCUGAUGAGCCAAAAGAUGUUUGUGACAAGUUGGAUCAGAAUACUAGUAGUAGUAUCAGUCAAACAACCAUGUCUAAUGAUAAAAUGACAGCAUCUGCAGGUAUUCAUUUAACACCUAUCAUUGAUGAUUCUGACAAUUUUGAAUCAAAUUUGAAUAAAGUAACAAAUUUAAUUACAGAGAAAUUUCAAUUACUUUCAAACGGCGCCACUAUCAAACAUUCUGUCCUACCAUCAACUGGGGAAGACAUAUUAGAGAGUUCAUCAACUAUUGACCACACAGCAUUGGAUAAUUCAAUGGCUGAACAGAAAGCUCUUCCAUUUUCAGAAAUGUUUUCAUCUAUUCUUACAUAUGUCAUGGAUGAAUUAUUUGAGUCAAACAUUGUACCCGAUCUUGUCAGUGGAUGCUUGAAAAUGUCAGAAAAGAGAUUUUUCGUUCCCAUAUCGUCUUCAUUUAAGCUUAGUUUGAAUGAUUUUAUCCAGAUUACACGAAAUUUCGCUUAUGACUACUGGCUAUCUUUUUUCAACACAUAUAUUAGUAAAGGAAAGUUUUCAGCAUCGAAAAGAAUCAUCAUAAAAACCACUUUGUCGUUAUUUUGUAAAAGUGUUAAAUUAUGGUUAGAUCGUUUAAAACUACAAAAUGUUGUUGAUAAUGAUAUUUCAAUUGACUCACCUUGUGGUCAAUCACAAAAAAUGAAUUGUUCAAAUGAAAAUAUAUUUGAAGAUCAAUAUAAUCAUCAAAUGUCUCCUAUAGAAAUGAAUCAAGAUUCUAGUUUGCUAAGUAAAAAUAUUGAAGAUGAUUAUUCAGAGCCUAUAGUUAGACAAAGUACAAAUAAUUUUCUUGACGUUGACGAAUAUUCGAAUCUUGAAGAAGUCAAUCAUUUACAGGAAGUCGAUAAUCCAUAUGAUAUAUGUAUGACUGUUUCAGAUGAUUCCUUUUUGGAUUGUAAUUUAGAAAAUGAUUUUAAUGACGGUGAAAUAUAUGGACACUUAGAGUGUACUCUUGAUGUAGAUUAUAAUGAUGAUAUAAUCGAUCCAAUCAGUACAUCUUCAUCUUUUGUUGACAAAAAUUCUGAACUUUUAGAAACUUUGACUUCUCAAGGAAGUAAUCAAAACAGAAUCAAAUCGUCUAACACUAACAAUUUAACAUCAAAUGAUUCACAUCAAGUCAACCAUUUGUCAUCCAUAAGUUGUCCAUCAAAUGAAUUAGUUACUGCUUCAAAUGAACUAACUAGACGUGACAAUAAAUUGACUAAAAAAGCACGUAAAUUUGAGAAAAAACAACAAGGUCAUUCUAACAAUAUGUUGAAUUCAAAUAAUAAUACAACUGCAUCGAAAUUCAGUCCUACCAAAGCUAAGAAAAAAAAAGCAGCUAAAAAGCUCGAAUGGGGAGAUGUGAUUUCGUCACGUUCUGCAGUCGCUCCUCCUAUUGAUGAUGAUCGUCCAGAUUAUUAUAAUUCUAAGCUUCUAGAGAAUCUACAACCGGACGAUUUUGAUUUUAAAUUUGUCUCAAAUAUGAACUUAUCCUCUAAUCGUCGACAUAAUCAAUCAUCUGUUUUAGGUUUAGCUUCACGAAAUCAACCAUCCACAUUAUUAGCUCAUUUCGAUGCACCUCAACCUCAAUGUCAAGCUUGUAACUUAACUGGUCAUCGACAAUCACAGUGUGAAACUACCAGUGAUAAAUCCGUAUCAUUUUUAGCAUGGCAUAAAUUAUUGAAUAAAACGCCUUGGCCACCGAUCGCUGAACAAAUUAAAAAUUUAACUUAUUGCCUGAAUUGUUUAGAAGAACAUCAUGAAACUUAUAAUAAAGUUAAUGCACGUCAAGAACUUGUUAAAAAGAUUCAUCAAUGUUUCUCAUAUCGUUUCCCUUCUGUUCAACUUGAAUUAUUUGGUUCUUGCGCUAAUGGUUUUGAUCUGCAGACAAGUGAUUUAGAUGUUUGUGUCUUUUUUCCUGUUGGAUCAACGGAAUGGCAUUAUUUAAAAGAUAAGAAUUCAACAAAUAUGUUAAUUCGAAAAUUCAAAAAACAAUUAUCUUAUUGUAGAAAUCGAUUAAAUAUUACUCAUAUUCAACCGAUUCUCACAGCUCGUGUUCCAAUAUUGAAAGUGUCUUUUAGCAAUUCAUUUGAAGCAGACAUAAGUUUUUCAAAUUACCUGGCUCUUUCAAAUACACGAAUGCUUGCAUUUUACACUAAAGUUGAGCCAAAACUUCGUACUCUAGGAAUUGCUUUAAAAACUGUCACAAAGAUAACAAAAAUUGGGAGAGCAGCUGCCGGUGGUAUUUCUUCUUAUGCUUGGAUCAUUAUGCUAAUCCACUAUCUUCAACAAAUUGAUCAACUCCCUGUUUUACAAGAACUUUAUGAAGGAUCAACAAAACCAACUAAUCUUGUCAACGGUUGGAAUGUCUGGUAUCAAAAUGAUUUAUCCGUUAUAAAUCGUUUGUGGAAACCAGCUAAUCCGUCCCAAUCAGUCGGAGAAAUGUGGUUGGGAUUUCUACGUUAUUAUCUGUUCGAGUUCAAUCGUGAUAAAUAUGUUGUAACUAUCAGACAAAAGAAUUUGUUAAUACGAUUUGUGAAAAUGUGGAGAUCAUUAUUCGCUAUUGAAGAUCCUUUCAAUUUAAAUCAUAACCUUACUGCUGGUUUAAGUCAUUCUAUGUUUCUUUAUAUUCUUACCGUAUUCCACACGGUUCUUGUUCAUCAUACUACAUUCUUGCCCAAACAAAUGUCUAUAAAUCAAUGGUGCUAGUAUUUCAAUCUCGAUUGAUGAUAUAUACUACUUAUAUCUGUCGACAUCUGUAGCACAUACCACAAUACCAUCAUAUCGACGAUUUAUUUAUCAUCAUCAUCGGUCGACAUAAUGAUAAUAAUAAUGAAGAGGAACUCUUAACCAUUUGUUUUCGCCAGAAUACAUUGUUGUCGAUAAAAGAUUUUUAAAAAAUAAUAUACUUUGUUUUAUAUGUAAUCAAACUGGACAUGGAGCAUUUGAAUGUCCAAGAAAUAAAAAGAGAAAUAAAAGAGAUAAUUCUGACAUAGUUACAUUACAUUCACUGAUUGGUCAUUUUUUACAAAAAGCUCAAGCAUCACAAUCAAAUUCACAGGAACCAAUGGGUCAACAUUAUGAUAAUUCAAAUCAAAAUCGUCAGUUGAAUUCUACUAGUGCUGUUUGUAAAAACUUCCCUAAACCUAAUAAUACUCCAACAAACAUAUCAUCGCAUACCUAUAAGAAUCCUUUUAAACCACAAAAUAGUUACCAAGUUCGACCGAUAAGAAAUAAUUUACAACAACAACAACCUAUCACUUCCAAUUAUCGUCAUGUACAACCGCAUCAUGUAAAUAUACGUACUAAUUCUCAUUCGAUACUUCCUUCAGUACCGUACCCAACUCCUUUGCUUCCGAAUAAUACUGUUGGCUCUAUCCCUAAUUAUGCUUUCGUACUUAACAGUUUAUCAAAUAAUCUUGUGCAAUCUAAUAUCUAUGGUCGACAACAAUCCUUUCCCCCGUCCUGUUAUUCAUCACCCGUUGGUUAUGUAAACAAUCAACAACAAUAUAGAAAUACUGUACAAGCGAAUCACCCAGUUAAUUACCGGCCAAAAAGUCAACAAAAUAAUAAUAAUAAUAAUAAUAAAUAAUAAUGAGCCUAAAAAAUAUCAUAAAUCCAGUCGGGUAUCCAGUUCAAGUGUUUAUGAAGAACAGUUUUCAUCUGUUUCAUCAGACCAUUCAAUAGUUGUUACGUCUAAUAAGUCUCCGUGUGAGCCAAAAAAGUAUGACAAUAAACAGAAUGUGUCUAAUCCUCAUCAAACUAAUGAUCUAUCACGAAAAUCACAUUAUCAUAAUUCAAACUACAAUGAUCCUGGGAUCAAUAAUAAUUAUACUUCUAAAAGUACUUUGUCAUCCUCAGGGAAUCAAACAAAGAGUUGUAGUACAACACCAUAUCGACAAAAACAAUCCGAUUCUCCAUUGAAAGCGAAAUCAAAUUUUCAACAAUCCCCACAAAAGCAAAAAUACUCAAUAUCUAAUGGAUCUGUAAUAGAUUCAUAUGAAAAAAGAACAUAUCCAGUAACAGAAUCAAAUAAAGUCAAUUCAGUGUUUAAAGGCAGUCAAAAUUGUCAACGUUUUGGCCGUGCAAAUAAAGCAAAAUUAUCAAAUAAUGAUGAUGAUAAUAAUAGUCAUUUAUUAGAUGAAAAUUUAGUUAAGCGCCUUCACAAUAUGUCCACUACAUCCUCAUCUUCACAAAAUAGCAAUAAUAAAUACUGAUAUUAAUGUACUAAAUCACAACUUCAAAAUAAUCUUUAUGAUAGAUUUACUGAGACAAGAAUGUGUGUACUGGAUUUUCUUUACAUCUAAUUGGAUAUUUUAUUCAAUUAACAUGUAUUUUUUAUUUUG